GCUAGGGAAUUUUUGUCCUCAAUAGCGGAGUCUUAUGCGCUCUUUGCUUACCUCUUUUCUUUUGUUUGUGUCUAGGCCGUAGGCGUGGCAUUUACGAAAGGAUUUUUGGUAAUGCAGAUUUUCUGUCUGGCGGGGAGAUGCCGUAUGUAUUGGUACAAGUGCUCGUAGAUGACGCCUUUGUAGGGGUGGAUUACGUCAGUAACGCCGGCUUUGUUUUCUGCUAUGCUGCUGGUGCGGUACGUACCGGUACUGGCACUACGAGUAUGUUGGCUACCUAACGCUUUGCUGGCUUUCUGUCGUGCUCGUCUACUCGUACCAUGGCUGAACCAUCUCACAUCGACCGUUAAUUUCGUGCUCACUUUCUCGGCGUGUAUCCCACCUAUCGUACCAUGAUCCUCCCGAAUUCCUUCCAGGGCUCAAAUCUGCGGCUCCCCCUUUAAUGACAUUGGGACUUGGGCAAAAGCGCGGGAGACCUUUCAACCGAAGAAUUCUUGUUCGCUAGGGCUAGGUGUCUGAAAGAUCUGCCCUCUUUGGAGGAGGUCUGGAAUUGUUGAACGUCAUUCGCCAUUGAUACGAUAGCUUACUGUACAGUGAAUUCCCAACAGCCAGGUCCCUCAGACCUCUUUCUCUAUUGCCCUGUGGACCCCUCGGGGCCCGUUCCCGUGGCGAUACUGACGCGGAAUAGGCUUUAUUAGCCCACGCUGCACCCUUCCUCUCUCCAUACCGGCCUUUCACUUCACCUUCCGAGUCAAUUGACGUGACUAUACAGCAACAAACACGAGAAUGGAAAAAGUUGUGGACAAGAUUGCUGCUCUCCCUCCGGGUGAGCCGUACCAUAGUCUUGAGUUUUUCCCUCCGAAAACUUCAAUGGUGACCCCACACACAUGACACGCGGGGGGGAGAAGGGGAGCUAACGUGAAUUUUCACAGGGAUUUCAAAACUUACAAGCCCGUCUGGAGCGUAUGGCUCAUGCUCUUCGACCCCUCUUCGUCAACGUUACCUGGGGAGCUGGAGGCUCAACCGCCACCAAGUCCCUUCAGCUUGCCGAGAUAUGUCAACGGCAGCUCGGCCUCACCACGGUGCUACAUCUGACAUGCACGAACAUGUCCCAAGUCGUUCUGGACGAAACGCUGGAAACGGCAAAGGAGAUUGGGAUUCGUAACAUUCUUGCUUUGCGGGGUGAUCCACCAAGAAGCGGUGACUAUCAUGACACUCCGUGUGACGGGACUUCCAAUGGUGUUGGGAAUGAGUUCGAGUACGCCAUUGAUCUGGUCAGAUACAUACGAGAGAAAUACGGUGAUUAUUUCUGCAUAGGAGUGGCCGCUUAUCCCGAGGGCCAUGUUGAGGGGGCUUGCCCUGAGAAACAGGAUCCACUGUUUGAUCUACCCUUCCUGGUUGAGAAGGUCAAGGCCGGUGCGGACUUCAUAAUGACUCAGUUGUUCUACGAUGCGGAAAAGUAUAUCUGGUUUGAGAGGCUGCUAAGGGAGGAACCUUCGGGGGUGCUCUCCGAGCUUCCGGUGAUUCCGGGGUUGAUGCCUAUACAGAGCUAUUCGAUGCUGAAACGGAUUACUAAGCUCAGCGGAGCUUCCUUGCCCGCAGGUAUUCUACGAAGGUUGGAUGAUGUCAAAGGAGAUGACGAGGCGGUUAAGCAGGUGGGGAUUGAUAUAGUCUCGGAGAUCAUCGAGGGGAUUAAGGUUGCGAACCUGAGCGGCCCAAGAGGGUUCCACUUCUACACAUUGAAUCUUGAGAAAGCUGUCUCCUUUAUUAUCGAACGAACAAACCUUAUCCCACCGCCCGAUGAGCCCGUCCUCGAGGAAAUUGAAGGCCCGGUUGUGAAUGGAGCGAGCUUGAGAAGGGAUAGGAGAACUUCUUCCGUAACAUCGGAUCCUCAUAAUCGUGUGAUUGUUGAUGACUCCAGUUCUCUACAAUCGCCGAGGCUGGCAAACGCACUCGAAGCUGGCUUUCUGAAACCACCUGAGCAGUCUCGUCCGCCGGAGGUAGCGUUGGCGAUCUCUGAAGGUGAGGGUGCUUUGGGCAGAGAGGCAACUUGGGACGACUAUCCGAACGGCCGUUUUGGCGAUGCGAGGUCUCCGGCCUUUGGCGAAAUUGAUGGUUAUGGGCCGUCGCUUCACUUGUCGCAAUCUCAGGCAAUCAAACUUUGGUCAUACCCGGUUACCAAGCGGGAUGUAUCCGACAUCUUUGUCCGACAUAUCAGGGGUGAACUGGAGGCUAUUCCGUGGAGUGAACAAGGUUUGAGUGUGGAGAGCGGGAUCAUUGCGGACUAUUUGGUUAGGCUGAACCAGAAGGGGUUCUGGACUGUGGCAUCCCAGCCAGCCAUCAAUAGUGUUAAAAGCACUGAUGAAGUUUUUGGUUGGGGGCCGAAGGGGGGUUUUGUGUUUCAAAAGGCCUUUGUCGAGUUCUUCUGCUCGCCGGACGAUUGGGGAGUAUUGGGGGCAAAGUUAGGGGGGGUUGAGGAUAUCUCCUACUAUGCUGCGAACAAAAAUGUAAGUCAUUUCUCUCCUGGACCCGGCGAUUUAUUUCUCAGUACUAACGGUCCCGUCCAGGGAGAUUAUGCUGCGAGCGUGCCCCUAGGCGAUAGCGCUAUGCAUGCAGUUACGUGGGGUGUCUUCCCAGGAAAGGAGUACAAAGAGUUCCCCCACCAUUCAUAGUUACUCCCAAUAGCAUGCCCGGCUAACCACCAAUCACUGCUCUAUCAUUCGCAUAGAAUCGUAGCACCAACCAUAAUCGAAGAGGUUUCCUUUAGAGCUUGGAAGGUUGUUGAAACCCCACGCACGAGUUUUCUGGAUUUUUCCGCGGAAACUGACAAGCUUGUGCAAACAGGAAGAAGCUUUCACUAUCUGGAAGGAGUGGGCGAGGGUGUACCCGCCCAGAUCUGCGUCAUCGAAGUUGAUGAUGGAAAUUGCCGAGACGUAUUACUUGGUUAAUAUUAUUCAUCAUGGGUACAUGGAUUCGGAAUUCCUGUGGAAGCUCUUAGAGGUGUAAGGGAUUUAUGUUGGCCAGCUUUCGCUGGGGAUUGGGACCUUUUUUUUUCUAUAUUUCCAUAGCGACGGGUGGUCUAAGUUAUGUGGAGAGGGAGAGGGGGGGGGGGGAGAGUGGUGUUUCCCCAAGCGAGGACUACUUGUACAAUUAUGCGGUUAUGGUACUGGUAGUAGUUAAUGAUAUCUCGCUGGGGUGCAAUUAACGUUUGUGGGUUGGGGGCGACUUGCCGCGUCCCGGAACUGUGGGUUAAUCUUGUUUACGAGUACUUCCUACAACACUCAGCGAGCCAGUGGUCAGCGCUUGCCAGGUCCCCGAACCGUGUUUUAUCCCGUUUACCUGCUACCCACACACACUCGAUGAGCCGGUUAGGUAGUUGGACUGGUCGUUGCAGGAAGGUGAUUAUCAAUGAUUUUCGUUCACCU